GCACUGGCAAUGGGUCGUGCAUCUGGGGCUGAUGCUGCUGAUGACUUUUGUCCCUCUGAGAUACGUGGUGGACUGCCCUGUGUGCAAACACCAGUGUUACCUCAAGGACAUUGUGGAGAAUUACUUCCUGAGAGACAGCGGAACGGAGGCAGCCACAGACAGCAGGGAUGCCAACCAGUGCUGCACCAGCUGUGAUGACAAUGCUCCUGCUACCAGCUACUGUGUGGAGUGCUCAGAGCCGCUGUGUGAGACCUGUGUGGAAGCCCACCAGAGGGUGAAGUAUACCAAGGACCACACGGUCAGAUCCACAGGCCCGUCAAAGUCAAAGGAGGGUGAUCGCACAGUCUACUGCUCCGUGCACAAGCAUGAGCCCCUGGUGCUGUUCUGUGAUACCUGUGACACACUGACCUGUCGGGACUGCCAGCUCAACGCCCACAAGGAUCACCAAUACCAGUUCUUGGAGGAUGCUGUCAGGAAUCAGCGCAAGAUGCUGGCCGCACUGGUGAAGCGCCUGGGGGACAAGCAUGCCAACCUGCAGAAAUCCACCAAGGAAGUGCGCACCUCGAUCCGGCAGGUGACGGAUGUGCAGAAGCGGGUGCAGGUGGAUGUGAAGAUGGCCAUCCUGCAGAUUAUGAAGGAGCUCAAUAAGCGGGGCAAGGUGCUGGUCAAUGAUGCACAGAAAGUGACUGAGGGGCAGCAGGAGAAGCUGGAGCGCCAGCACUGGGCCAUGACGAAGCUGCAGCGCCAUCAGGAGCACAUCCUGCGUUUUGCCUCCUGGGCCCUGGAGAGUGACAACAACACUGCCCUGCUGCUUUCCAAGAAACUGAUCUACUUCCAGCUGCAUCGUGCCCUCAAGAUGAUCGUAGACCCCGUGGAGCCCCAGGGAGAUAUGAAGUUCCAGUGGGAUCUUAAUGCCUGGACCAAGAGUGCGGAGACCUUCGGAACAAUAGUCUCAGAGCGGAGCGGUGCCCUGCAAGCCGCGGCCCCCAACGCGCAGAUCCAGCGUGCCAAUGCCACUGGCCCGGCGGCGGCAGGAGGAGGGGUGAAACAGGUCUCCGGCACUCCCCAGGGCGUGCAGCAAGUCUCAGUGCAAUCCACCAUCAUCAGCAAGGGACAGCUGGCCCCAGGAGCCCUACUGCAGCCCAUCGUCUCUCCCAACAGCCAGGCAGACUGCUUCAUCAGUGAGGGUAGCACCCCGGCAUCCUCCGCUGUGCAGCCCAUGGACACCCAGGAGGAAGGCAUUGGAGACCUGGACAGCACUGAGGCCCACGUGUCAGGAAUGAAGAGGCCCAGGCCCUCGGACGGCAAUGUCAUGCGCAAGGUGCCGCGGGUGAGCCUGGAGCGGCUGGACCUGGACCUGACGGCCGACAGCCAGCCGCCUGUCUUCAAGGUCUUCCCCGGCAACAGUAACGAGGACUACAACCUGAUCGUCAUUGAGCGUGGGGCCCAGCAGGCUGCCGCCCAGCCCCCCAGCACCAUAGUCAAGGAGGAGCAGAUGGAGGCAGCAAUCGACUAUCCGGCAGAGGAUUCCAGAGACACCAAGCCAGUUGUCCUGCCCCAGGACGUCCUGGCCGCCGAGGGCUCUGUGUCCCACCUCAUCUCCCCCAGUGGCAGCAUCGGCUCCAGUCUGGACGUGACGCCAGGCCAGAGCCAGGAGGGGGCAAUGGAGGCGGCCAAUGCUGCCCACUGCAGAGUGUGCCGGAAGGCAGGCUCUGUUGUGAUGUGUAAUCAGUGUGAGCAGUGCUACCAUUUGGACUGCCACCUCCCGGUGCUGCAGGAGAUCCCCAGUCAGGAGUGGAAGUGCCUGCUGUGCCAGGAACUGCCAGCACCCGGUGAGGAGGACGGCACCAACUUCUCUGCCUCGGAAGAUGACGAGGGCCCCGAUAAACUCUCCCCCUUGGAGCAGAGGGUUCUGUGGCGUGUCCUGCUGGAGCUGCUGUGCCAUGAGCCGUGCCGGCCUCUCCACCGACUUUCGACCGCCACGGAGGGUCAGGACACUAUCGACCUGACCCUGAUCCGAGCCAGGCUGCAGGAGAAGCUCUCUCCACCCUAUGGCUCCUCCGAGGAGUUUGCCCAGGAUGUCUGGCGGAUGAUCAAGCAAUUCAAUAAGCUGACAGAGGACAAGGAGGAUGUCCAGUCCAUCAUCGGGCUGCAGCGCUUCUUCGAGGCCAAGUGGAGUGCGUCCUUCGGCGACCGGAAGUUCUCCUCGGCCCUGGUGGAGCCCAUCCCCUUAGACGAGCAGCGGGCAGGCAGCAGCAGCUUCACCCACCGCAGCUCCCCUGCCGGCUCUGGCGAGGCCCCAGCUGCCUCGGCGGGCACUGGGGAGGAGGAGUGA